AUCCGAUUCGAUUAAUAUCCGUUUACACCCCUAUAUAGACGUAGGCACGUAGCUGAGCUGAUUGAGUAAAGAGUGUUAAAUAAAUAAAUUUAAAUUAUGUUAAGCAUAAGGUCCUCAACUAUCAAGUGCAUGCCCUACCUUUUACCAGAAAGAGAGAGAAAGAGAUGGUGGGCUCAGGAGCAUCAGAUAGGAGGAAAGAAGCAGUUGGGAUGAUGGCCCUUCAUGAGGCCCUCAGAAGCGUUUGUCUCAACUCCGACUGGACUUACUCAGUCUUCUGGACCAUUCGUCCCCGCCCGAGAGUUCGCGGUGGCAAUGGCUGCAAAGUUGGAGAUGAGAAUUGCAGCUUGAUGUUGAUGUGGGAAGAUGGGUUCUGCAGAGGGAGAGUUGCAGAAUGUUUGGAAGAUAUGGAAGGGCAAGACCCGGUCAGGAAGGCGUUCAGCAAGAUGUCGAUUCAGUUAUAUAAUUAUGGAGAAGGGCUAAUGGGGAAAGUUGCAUCUGAUAAGUGUCACAAAUGGGUUUUCAAGGAGCCUGCGGAAUGCGACCCAAGCAUAUCCAAUUACUGGCAGAGCUCAUUCGAUGCUCUUCCCACUGAAUGGACAGACCAGUUUGAGUCAGGUAUUCAGACUAUUGCUGUAAUUCAAGCUGGCCAUGGGUUACUGCAAUUGGGCUCUUGUGAGAUUAUACCAGAGGAUCUCCACUUUGUGCUGAGAAUGAGACACACAUUUGAGUCUCUGGGCUACCAGUCUGGCUUCUAUCUCUCCCAGCUGUUUUCGGCAACUCGGAACACGUCACACUCUUCAACUCUGGCUUCAAAGCAACCCACACUCUCUAUCCACUCCCCUCCACUUUUCAACUGGGCUCCUCCUGCCAGGCCAAUCCCUUCAUCUUCCCCAACCUUUCACAACUCAGCCAGGAAUCAUCCUCUUCCUCAUUCGUCUCAAGGAUUGAUGGGAGAUCAUGAAGCUGAUACCAAAUGGCCUAAUACUGCAUUGAGCUUCUUCAGUGCCCUAACAAGCCAAUCUGAUGACCCCGGCCUUUUAUUCAACCCCGAAGACAGAGGUGACAAGUUUGACCAGAACCGUCACCCUCUCAUCAACAUUGGGGGGAAGGCCAUACACCCAAAUUCACACACUUCAAGUUUGCACACAAAUGGUGGUCACAAUGUGGGAAAUAAUAAGUUCAAGAGGAGCUUUACACUGCCUGCUAGAAUGGCUUCGUCUUCGUCCUCAACUUCACUCGAACAACACCUAAACAAUCAUGGGGAUUAUAGAAGUGAAGCCGGGAUAUGCUCGGAUGUAAUGGAACAUUUCCUAGAAUGAUCUAUGGUAAGACUUCAAGGAGUGGGUUAAUAGCGAAGAUCGAAGACAUGUACUUAAAGGAAAUCAUUUAGCUGUAUUUUCCACUCACAGUUUGUGCUUGUUUUAGCACAAUUGGGUUUGGCUUUCUUUUUUUUUCCUCAAUGAACAUUUGUGCAAUUUCCUGUAAACCGCACAUUUCAUCUGCAUGUGAAAGAUGAUGUCUGCUUGCAGUUGGCUAUUGAUUCUG